AUGACUUUAUCCCAGUGCAGCUCCACAGAAACACUCAAAGACCCUAGGGUUACCACCCAGUCUGUUGACUCCAGUCCUAACUUAUCACCACGCGACGAGAAAGACAUCACUGUACCAUCGACACCGGCAGAGUCAAUUAAUCUCGAAAGUCAAGCCCCUGCACCACCACCUUAUCAUGUCUUCCCCCGGUCUCGCAAGCUGCAAUUGGUUUGCAUCGUCUCUCUUGCUGCCAUUUUCUCUCCACUAUCCUCCAACAUUUACUUCCCCGCUCUUUCAGAUAUCUCUAAAGAGCUUAAUGUGUCUAUGUCCCUAGCUACAUUGACUGUCACGAUAUACAUGAUUGUACAAGGGCUUGCUCCAAGCUUUUGGGGAUCAUUCUCAGAUGUUCUAGGCCGCCGUGUAAUUUUUAUUGGAACAUUUGGUGUAUACAUUAUUGCCAACAUUGCUUUGGCUGUUUCCACAAACUAUGGCGAGCUCAUGGCUUUCCGAGCUCUGCAGGCUGCCGGUAGUGCCGCGACGAUAUCGAUUGGUGCUGGCGUCAUUGGUGACAUUACCACUUCAGCGGAGAGAGGCAGCUUGAUUGGAAUCUUCGGUGGAGUGCGCAUGUUGGGCCAGGGAAUUGGGCCAGUCUUUGGUGGUAUACUAUCUCAGUACCUGGGAUUCCGCUCUAUCUUCUGGUUCUUGGUCAUCGUGUCAGGAAUUAGCCUUCUAUCCAUCUUGGUGUUCCUCCCUGAAACGCUUCGCCCCAUUGCCGGCAAUGGAACUGUCCCUUUGAAAGGUAUUCACAGGCCCUUCAUCUACUCAAUCACCGGCCAAAAAGAUGCCGAAGAGACUUCCACUCCCGUUGGCAAGAAAGCCAAGGUUACAUUCAAGACUGUACUUGCGCCACUCACUUUCUUGGGCGAGAAGGAUGUUUUCAUCACAUUGCUUUACGGGAGCAUCGUCUACACUGUCUGGUCAAUGGUCACUUCGUCUACCUCUGACUUGUUCGAACAAAAGUAUGGCCUGAACUCUCUUGAGGUUGGCCUGACCUUCCUUGGAAACGGAUUCGGCUGCAUGACUGGAUCCUACACGAUCGGAUACCUGAUGGACUACAACCACAAGCGGACCGAACGCGAAUACUGCCAACAACACAAUCUUCCAAUCGAGACCCGCGUCAACUCAAAGUCUCACCCUGACUUCCCCAUUGAGUACGCUCGGAUGCGCAACACCUGGUGGAUCACUGCCAUUUUCAUUGUCUGCGUUGCUCUCUAUGGUGUCUCUCUGCGCACUCACAUUGCGGUCCCCAUCAUUCUGCAAUUUAUCAUUGCCUACGGAUCUACUGCUAUUUUCACCAUGAACAGCGCCCUUGUGAUUGAUUUGUACCCCGGUGCAAGUGCCAGCGCGACUGCUGUCAACAACCUGAUGCGUUGCUUGAUCGGUGCUGCCGGUGUUGCAGCUUCCCAGCCUAUAAUUGAUGCUAUCACUGCCCAGUGGGCAUUCCUCUUGCUUGCUGGCAUCACUUUCGCUAUGGUUCCUCUUUUGGUGGUUGAGAUGAAGUGGGGCUACGGAUGGCGCCUGGAGCGCCAUGAGCGUUUCCAAAAGAAGGAGAACAAGGCUUGA